CUUGUCUGUUCUUAGGAAGUCAAAAGUCAAGUGGCCCUGUCUGUCAGUUAAUUUGUUAUAGUUAUGCUAAUGCAAAGAAAUCCUUGAAGAGGAAUUCUAAAAAUGGCCAACGCUGAGUUAGCAGCGCUGGUGGUAGCCAAGCUGUCUCCCGGUCCUGGAGAACAUGUCGCUGUUGCCCAUGAAGCAAGUUUGAUGCAGGGUUGGGUAAGAACGUCUCGCAUUUUGGCUUUAUUAGAGAAGGACACUAACUACGCUCUGAUCGUGUUCCUGUCCUCCCAGACUCCACCGAUCGCCUACUCUGAACUCACCAUUGAACGAGUUCUGCCCAUCAACUCUGACUUCAAAUGUGAUAUAGACACAGAAAGUAGACAUCAAGAUGGAACAGAUGUAUACAUCACUUCUCGGAAGCUCAAACUGCUCUUUGAAAUGGUCCCUGGAAAUAAAACCAGCAAUUUCGUCAGUGAAGUUCUACGUGCAAUUGAUUUGUUAGGCAAGAAAAGGAAUGGAUCUCAAGAUUUCUCAUGGCUCAACAAGUACAACCCUGUUUCAACUGGAGCUGAUGAUAAUGCUGAAGACACUAAGGAUCCGUUACUAUUGGACAGUCCCGAGAUGGCCGUCCCGAGACAGAGUAUCGCCAAAGGUCACACACCGAUCGCAGCCAGAGAGAGUGUCAUCAGAUACCAGAUGGCGAUGAAGGAAGACGACUACACGUACACACAGACACUCAGGGUGUUCGUAGGGACGUGGAAUGUUAACGGACAGCCUCCCAUGAGUGUGUCACUACAGCCGUGGCUUGCCUGUGACUCAGAGCCUCCGGACAUUUACGCUGUCGGCUUCCAGGAGCUGGACCUCAGCAAAGAGGCGUUCCUGUUCCAUGACUCCCCCAGGGAAGAGGAGUGGAGGCAGGUGGUGAUAGCAGGGCUACAUCCCAAGGCAGAGUACCAACAAGUAGCUCUCGUGAGGUUGGUAGGCAUGAUGCUGCUGGUGUUUGUACAGAAACACCACUACAACUACAUACGCAAUGCAGCUUUUGAAACUGUCGGCACUGGGAUAAUGGGCAAAAUGGGCAACAAGGGUGGAGUCAGUGUUAGGUUUGAGCUUCACAACACGUCCCUGUGUUUUGUCAACUCCCAUCUUGCAGCUCAUGUUGAGGAGUUUGAGAGACGGAAUCAGGACUUUCACGAUAUCUGCUCCCGCACCAGCUUCUCCACGUUCCUGCCACCGAAAGGCAUCAAGGAUCACGACCAGGUGUAUUGGCUGGGCGACCUGAACUACAGGAUAACGGAGUUGGAGCCUAACAUAGUGAAGAAGUAUAUAGAGCAGCAGAACUACCGACCAGUGUUGGAGUACGACCAGUUACGGCGACAACAUCGGGAGAAGGCGGUGUUUGUUGGAUACACGGAGGGAGACAUUACCUUCAGGCCUACGUACAAGUAUGACCCCGGCAGUGACGACUGGGACUCUAGUGAGAAGAAUCGAGCGCCAGCAUGGUGUGAUCGAGUGCUAUGGAAGGGGGAAGGAAUCAGACAGAUUGAGUACCGCAGUCAUCCAGUGUUAAGGAUAAGUGACCACAAGCCUGUCAGCGCAGUCUUCUCAUCAGACGUUAGGGUGAUUGAUGCUGUCAAGUUUCGCAAGAUCCACGAGGACGUCAUGAAGAAGUUGGACAAACUGGAGAACGAGUUUCUACCUCAAGUCAUGGUCGACAACACGGAGAUCAUAUUUGACACUUUGCGAUUCCUCGAGGCACAGACUAGGGAGCUCAUCAUUGCCAACACAGGCCAGGUUCCAGUACAGUUUGAGUUUAUCAAGAAGCUUGAUGACUCCAAUUAUUGCAAAGAGUGGCUCAAUAUCGAACCUAACUCCGGAUUCAUCAUGCCAGGAGAGAAAUGUGACAUAAGACUGGAGGUUUAUGUAGACAAGAAAUCAGCCUGCAAAAUGAACUCGGGACAAGAUCAGCUGUACGACAUUCUGGUACUGCACCUAGAGGGGGGGAAGGAUAUCUUCAUAACUGUCACUGGAACAUAUGAAAGAAGCUGUUUCGGAUCCUCCAUCGAAGCGCUGGUACACAUGAAUGUUCCAGUUCGGGAGAUUCCUGCAGGAAAAAUCAUUGAGUUGGAGAACAAUAAGGGUGAAGGCCUGAGUGGGUCGCCUCCGUACAUGGUGCCUAAGGAGAUCUGGUACCUGGUUGACCAUUUGUAUCGGCACGCCUUGAAGACACAGCACCUGUUUGAAAACCCGGGGCUUCACAGCGAGCUGAUACAGAUCAGAAAUUGGCUUGAUGUGAGCCCAAACGAUCCGUUACCUGGAAGUGUACACUCUGUCGCAGAGGCUCUAUUGUUGCUGUUAGAGUCAACGGCAGAACCCAUCAUUCCAUACAACUUACAAAAUGGCUGCUUGGGCGCAUCAUCCAACUACCUCGCGUGCAAACAGUUUGUGAUGCAGUUACCAGACACCAGUAAAAAUGUCUUCCUCUACCUUUGCUUUUUUCUGCAAGAACUUCUCUCACAUUCAAGUGAAAACCAACUUGAUGGAAAAACAUUAGCGACCUUGUUUGGGGCUAUAUUCAUGCGUGAGCCUCCUCGAAGUAGAAAUGUCGGCUCCUCUCGGUCAAAAUCCAACCAACAAGAGGCCGAUCGCAAGAAGGCUAAUUUUGUUUACCAUUUUCUUGUCAAUGACACUAGUGAACUGGUUAUGGGAUGCUCGUAAAUAUUUUUAACCUAAAAAUGUAUGGUACCGGUAUUAACGCAUUUCGUUACCCACAAAAGCAUUUUGAGAUUUUCCCAAAAACAUUUUGGAGUUUCAAGAGUUUUGAGAUAUCUGCUAAAGCGUUUUGGGAAAGGCCUAUCAGAAAGCAUUUUGAGAUAUUCGUAAACAGUUUUAAAGAUAUCCGAAUAAGCAUUUUUUCAUUCAUAACAGCAUUAAAUAAUUAGAUUAUCCUAACAAAAUCAUUCUUUAACAAUGAUUAAUACCUACUAGACAUCAUCUGAGUUUGUAGUUUAUUUCGUUAUUUACUUUUGGGUUUGUGUUUUAUUUUUAACUGUUACCAGAGGUAAAAAAUGGCAGAUGUUCCAUAACAUUUAGACAGCCUGAAAUUUAUUUAUAAAAUAAGUUUUAUGGCUUGAGUCGGAAAUGUAAAGGUUAAGUUGAACUUCUUACAUGAUCAGAAGAUGUUAUACUGUAGUUACUGUUAUAACUACAAUAUUACUGUUAAGAAGACGAUUAGAAAAUUGUUUUCUGAAGUUGUGUUCCUAUAGUUGAUGGUGCAAAAUGCUAAAAGGUGUUUUUCUUUUGUUUAGAGAUUUUUCAAUCAAAGAUGUUGUUAAAUUUGUAAUAUUUACAUACCAAAUUAAAACAUUCUUGUGGAAUAUUAAUAUUAUCUCUCAAAUACUAGCAAUUUUUAUGGUAAUGUCAAAUGCUAAAUUUUGUUAUUGUUGGAAUCAAUGAUUUUGGUGGAUGAUGAAUCUAUUUUGCUACCACCAAAUUUUAUAUACACUUACUUACAGGUAAUAUUUCACUGAUUAUUUGCAACAUAACAUCUAACACAAUAAAAACCAUCUAAACAUUUCAUUUAAUUUUUAAACUCAAAUACAAUUAAGGUGAAAUAAACUUUUGAUCUUAAAAAGCUCAUAUUUUUUAGUCUAACAUGAUAUUUUGUAAAAUACGGCUCUGAUGAUAUUUGUAUAGAACGUAAUUUGCUUUACUUAUUUUAGUGUUUGUGUUUGAAUAUUUUAGUCAAAUGUAUUAAUAUAUGAUAGCAUAUUAUUAGAGUAACACACAUUGUGUAAAUUUAGAUAUACGUAAAAGCUUGUAAUAUGAAAGAUGUUUGACUCUUUUAUUUAGACUGACGGGUUUAUCAUAGUGUUUGUCAGGGAUUUUGUUUAUUUAUUUAAGAAAUUAUAAAUAUCCAAUAUACAUAUGUUUAUGCAUAUGAAUAUAGUAGAGAUGUGGUUCUAAUUUUUGGACUGACAGGUAUAAAUGUAUGUUUUCUUAGGGGGUUUAGUUAAUAUUGUUUCCGUGUACAAUUGUUUAUAACUGCCUACUUUUAUGAAAUGAAGUAUUUUCGGGAUGCCAAAAUUUUACUAUUUAAAGAGUUUGAGAAUAUUACAUUUCUUGGAAGGACGUAUGUUUUAGCAUAGACAAUUAGAAUUAUGUAUAGACCGACAGCAUUGCUGCCGUUAGCAUAAGUUCUGGCGUCCAAUGCUAGGAGCGUCGGUGGAUGCCAGAACUUAUGCUAAUCGUAGCAUUGCUGUCGGUCAAUAUUUAAUUCUAUUUGUCUAUGGUUUUAGUUAGCUUACAUGAGAAAAUUUGUCUACUAGCUUCUAGAUGUACAAAACAUUUACACAACAUUUGUUUAUUUAUAUUUUAUCCUAGUGUAGGAUUUCUUUAGAGAGUCGAUUGAAGAGAAGUCAGUUAAAAUAUCCUAAACUGUAGCAAUGCACGAUUAGCAACAGUGUGGUUACCAUCGGAAGUAAUACUAAAUCAGUGAUGGUAAAUGGAAUGUGCAACUAGACAAUGUCCAAUAAUAACCAAAGUAGGGAAAACUGUAUGUUAUAGUACAUUGUUAGUUUUAACCAGGAAUGGACGGGAUUGUUCUUUCAGUUCGGUGCAGGACGAGAAGGGAUUUUUAUUUACCUCGUGAUUUUCAAAAUUGCAUUUUUCUUCCUGUGUAACAAGUGCGUUCUAAAAAACUUAAGAAAUAUUCGUGCAAAUAUCAAUAACGACGAAGAAAAUCAAUUUCAGUCAUAAUUGCACUGUUGUAAAAACCAACAAUGGUUAAAAAUACACAGGUAAAAAGAGUGUAAUGUGUACAGAUGAACAUACAAUCUCAUUAUGAUUAUCCAUGAUCCAUGAUCCAUGAUAUCCAUGAUGGCACUUAUGUUAUUUUCUCCAUAGACAAGAUGCGUUAUUGUAAGCGCAUAGAUAAGCUUAUAGUUUUUGGAUAUAACGAGAAAUAUUCCCGGUCCGAGAAAAUCCCUAUUUAAUUCGAAUGUAACUCCGCCAAACAAUUGCAGAUAUAUUUUAUACAAAUUUUCCCAAAUUUCAGGACUUGUUCAUCCUUUUCUCAUUAAUCUACUUUCUGAAAAAGCCCUACACUAAGACAAAAUAUCAGUACUAUCCUGUGUCUUUUAUGGGUAUCUUUAUGUCUUGACUAUAAUUUUCUGAUGUAAGCUAGCGGAACUCUAUUCUUAAAAAAACACUCCUUAAUCAGCCUUAGAGCUUUUCCUCGAAAUAGAACUUAAUUGCAAGUUUACAAAUUUUCUUAUGAACAUUGUUAAAGCUACAAUCAAAUCUCUACCAGUUCUGUAGAAUGUAAGCCAAUAGAGUAGCUUAAUCUAACAUACUGUAAUCUUUAGCUAAGCUUGAUGCAUACGUUCUAGUCUUCAAAGCUUUCUGGUUGUUGUCAGCUUGCUAACAAAAUUUACUAGCGCCAUAUAAAAAUAAUCCUGGUACAGUCAAACCUUGGUGGUACCAAUCUGAAGGGAAUCGACAAUUGAAUUACAUCAAAUAAUUUGUUACUUUGAUGUACCUAUUAUUGUGGUUUUUAUGUUCGUAAACCGUGGGAAUUUAUGUUUGUCAAACUUAAUUAUUCUCAGGUUUAAACUAGCCCUGUUUGUUAUAUAGAAGUUCCAUUGAUACAUAUGUGUUGGUUUUGGCGUAUUUCCCAUAUAGGGAAUAAGCUAUUACCGUAGGUCUCAUGGUAAGACCUAGACCCGGGACCGAUUUACUUUUAGUUUUGAGGUUCCCACAGGCCAAAAACACCCUCCUGUGUGUGAGGUGUCCGUUAGUACGAUAAGUUGAGCAAAAAUGAUCCUAUUUUGAUUAAAUUUGGUACAAACGUGUAAACCUACGUUUAUUCAAACGAGUUUGGGAACCAGCAUGAUCCGACUAUAGGAACGGGGGUUUAUGGGGGUUUUUAUGGGAUAAAAAUUAAUUUUUCCCGUUUUUGACUCUAAAAAAUUCACAAUUUCUUUCAGAUCAUUUUGUAGAGCUUAAAAAAAAUAAUUUUGUAUAUUGAAGCGUCGUUAUAUGCCCAACGGUUACGGAGAUAAUUAAAAAAACUUUAAAUUUUAAAUUCACAUGUUAUUCUUAUGGAGAAUAAACUAACUGUUGUAGUUUGCUUGUUUAUGGACAUAUUUUUAUCAAAUUAGGCAAUUAUAUGGUUUAUUUCAUACUAAGCUAUCAACAUUUUAAUAAAACACACCUCAAUACCUUCCCUGUAGCAGAAAACCUAGGUACUCAUUAAAAUUAAUGUUACAGUAUUUAAACAGGAAAUAAAUCUCACAAUUUCAGGGAAUAUUUGAGUAGAAAUCCAACCAGGUAAAUGGAAAUUCGCUUAGUCUGCAGGUUUGCUGCGGCGAGGGUAUUUAUUUUUUACAUUCAUUUCACAGAAAUAAAUUUAUUUAUUUUGGUGUUAUAAAAUUUGUCUGCAUUGAGGUUUCACAUCAGCCUUAUUUGCUUUGAAGAUGUGAAAAUCACAUUGGAUGUUACAGAAAGUUGAAGGGGGUACAAGAUGUUAUAUUAGGAAUUUCUUAUAUGUGUAUUGUUAUCUACCAAGGUUUGACUAUAAAACAUCCUUCAUCACACUCAUAGUACAAAAACAUACAUAAUAGCUUCAAAGUAUAAUAGAAAUACUCAUAGUAGUUAGUAGGAGAUCUCGUUAAUAAAAUUAAGUAAUUUAUUUAAUCUUUAGUAAAUUUCUGUAGUAACUAUAGUGGAAGCUCAUUAACUUAUGAAGAUAUGAACUGAAAUUUUCAAAUUUUAAUCAUUAUUGGUUAAUUUUUUUGCUUUCACAAGCUGGACUCAAUUUUUCAUGUUCAGGUUUGAUUGAAUUGUUGAUUAUUUCUGUAUGUCAGUUUUGGUUUGAUCUGUCGAUGUUUUUAAUUUAAUUUGUUGCACUGCAUAAAACCCCUGGAAAAAUACCACACUAAAAUACUGCAGCAACGACGGUUUUCAAUGCAUUUAUUACUCGACCAUUUUUUUUCAAAUACUGAAC